CUCCUCCUCCUCCUCCCCAAAACCCAAGCAACCCACCAAACCCCCCUAGACACCCAACCCAACCCCGAAAUGAAAACAGGCAACCCACUGAACUUCCCCAGUGAUCCAAAAUGGUACGCGGACCCAGAAGCGCACCUCUUCCACCACACAGGCGCCAACAAGACCCAAAACUACUGGAUCUACCCGACCUACAGCGCGGCCUACGAAUCGCAAACCUUCUUCGACGCCUUCAGCUCCCCCGAUCUAGUAACGUGGACGAAGUACCCGCGCAUCCUAGACAUAACGCGCAUUCCAUGGUCAACGAACCGCGCGGCAUGGGCGCCUUCCGUUGCAAGGCGGCGUGUCCAACCGCUCGCUAGCCAGAGUCCAGCUGCCCGUGCCAACUCUGCCAAGCCCAACCCAAAUUCCCAGACCGAAGAAGAGGAAAGGGGAGAAGAAUGGAAAUACUACAUGUACUUCUCAACCGGCGACGGAACAGGCAUCGGGGUAGCGCAAUCAAGCACGAACACGCCGAGCGGACCGUUCGAGGACGCGCUGGGUGAGCCGCUGGUCAACGGCACGGUGCUGGGCGCGGAGGCGAUCGACGCGCAGAUCUUCGUGGAUAAAGACUCUGACACGGGCGAGGAGACCGGCCGCGUGUGGUUGUAUUUCGGGGGUUGGGGCCAUGCGGUUGUCGUUGAGGUUGAUGCGGAUAGUAUGGUGGCGUUGAAAGGGGAGUUUGUGGAGAUUACGCCGCCGGAUUAUGUCGAGGGGCCUUGGGUAUUUAGACGCGGGGAGGUGUAUUAUUUUAUGUAUUCGGUUGGAGGAUGGGGCGAUAACUCCUAUGGCGUCAGCUAUGUCACCGGUUCGUCGCCUACGGGCCCGUUUACUUCCACCCCGACGAAGAUCUUGCAGGGUGAUGAUCGCGUCGGGACUAGUACCGGUCAUAAUAGUGUGUUGACCGUCGGGGAUGAGUAUUAUAUUGUUUAUCAUCGGCGGUAUCUGAAUGAUACGGAGCGCGAUCAUCGCGUUGUGUGCAUUGAUCGUAUGGAGUUUGAUGCGCUGGGGAAUAUUCUGCCGGUUAAAAUUACGGUGGAGGGGGUUGAUGCGCGGCCUUUGUGAUGGUCCUGAUGUGUCAGAGGCUUAUGCUGUGGAUAAUUGGCUCCGUGGAUAGAUGCGCAUCGGGCUUGAACGGUAGAAAGGCAGUGUAUAGCUCAGUCAAAUGCUGUAACACUU